CCUCCCCAAAUUCAUUCCACCACUCGCUCGAACCCUAAUUAAUCUCUCUCUCUCUCUCUCAUCGCUCUCUGUGAUCUCUGAUGGCGGCGACGAACAUAGGGAUGAUGGAUGGCGCCUACUUCGUCGGCCGAAACGAGAUCCUCGCCUGGAUCAACUCGACGCUCCAUCUCAACCUCUCCAAGGUCGAAGAGGCGGCGUCUGGAGCGGUCCACUGCCAGCUCAUGGACGCGGUUCACCCUGGGAUGGUGCCGAUGCACAAGGUUAAUUUUGAUGCCAAGACCGAGUAUGAGAUGAUACAGAAUUAUAAGGUUCUUCAGGAUGUCUUCAACAAGCUCAAGAUCAACAAGCAUGUCGAGGUGAACAAGCUGAUAAAAGGAAGGCCCCUUGAUAAUUUAGAAUUCAUGCAGUGGAUGAAGAGGUACUGUGACUCAGUUAAUGGUGGUGUUUUGAACAGCUACAAUCCCUUGGAAAGAAGAGAAUCUUGUAAAGGAGGAAAGGAGGCACAUAAAAAAUUGGCUUCGUCACAAGUUUCAUCAAAGUCUUCAUCUGUUGUUGGUAAAGCCCACACCUCUCAUGCCACACGGAAGAAUGAUGGAAAUGCUACUAGUGCCUCAUCCCAUAGGACCACAAGGUCCGCUUCUACCUCAGGAGGGCAAGCUUAUGAUGAGCAGAUAACUGAACUAAAGCUUUUUGUGGAUAGCCUCGAGAAAGAAAGGGACUUCUACUUUGCUAAGCUUCGAGAUAUUGAAGUAUUGUGCCAGAAACCUGAGUUAGAACAGCUGCCUAUUGUAGGCGCAAUCCAGAAGAUACUUUACGCUGCAGAAGACAAUCCCUCUGUGAUUGCAGAAGCACAAGCUAUGAUUGAGCAACCAAACCAGCAGCUGCCUUCUGUUCUUAGUCCCAUACCUGAGGCAAUAGAAGAGAGGCCGAAGCAGGAAACACAGAAGAGGAAAGAUAUCAGCAACUUUGAGGUGGAGGUCGAAGAGAACUCGAAAUCUACACCGAGGCAAAGACUUUCAGACAUCUCAAAUUUCCAGGAUGGUAGCCCUCUUGUGGAUGCUGAAACCUUUUGAGCAUCAGAGCUUGUAAAAUUAAAUUGUUGCAAUUUGAUUUCAGGAUUCCGGAGAUGCUUGAACUGCGAUAAUUAUCUUAUGUUCUACAUUCUGGUUGGUGGAUCA